CAUGAGAGCGGGACAGUGUGUGUGUGUGAACAGGAGAGGACCAGACAGCAUUCAGUUGACUUUGACAAGGAUAUAGGACCAGCGAGAUUUUCUCUCUAGUUUCCUCCUCCUCCUUCAUUGCACCUUUCCCCCUCCCCUUCUCCCCUUUCCCCUUUUCCCUCCAUCCUCCGGCAGUUAUCCCCCCUCGCAGGUCCUGCUUCAGGCGGCUCCUCCGGGCAUGCUCCUUAAGCCAAAGUAUGAUCGCUUUCGCAAUGAGUCUGUGACCUCCUCCGACGACCUAAUGCAAAGCUUAGCCAUGAGCGGCAAAGUUGUGGCCACACCAGUGGUUCCCUCCUCCACGCCAAGUCUUCCUCUGCCUCCUUUGCCUCCUUUGCCUCCCCUGGAUCCCAGUGCCAGGUCCUCCUCCUCUGCUGGAGCUAUGGCCUUGGCUGACUCCCCCUGCCUGGAUGGGGAACAGGAUGCCACAACAACCUUCUGUAUGCUCAUCCCUAAGAUGCCUCAGUGGAAAUUCUCCAACUCCCUGCUUAGCCGGAGUCCAUCCAACUCCAGUUCCAGCUCCAAUUCUAGCAAGGACUCGGGGAAGACAGCGGCAGCUACUUCCCAGGCCUCUGUCUCCUCUUCUUCAUCAUCACACAGGCCUGGUGGUGGAACCUCAGCCAGUGGCCCAGUGGCGAGCCUUGCAGCAGUGCUUAAUUCCUGUGACCCUGUGUGUGUCACUCCCUGUUCCCUACAGGCCAUUCGGGGGCAGCGAGCAGUAGCAGCAGCAAAUUCUGCCAGUCCAGGGGGGCACGGAUUUGGAGUCACAGAGGUCAUGGCGAGCCCUGGUAGUUCCAGCAACUUCAGAUCAGGAAUGAACCGCAACACAAGAGUCGAAGGCAUGUGGCUUGGCGGAGAGGACUUCAACCAGAAGGGCAGCUUCAUCCACAAACCCUCUCAAGGCUGGCUGCACCCUGACAAGAAGAUAGCAGGACAAGGAGCAUCUUACAUUGUCAGGUACAUGGGAUGCAUUGAGGUGCUGAAAUCAAUGCGAUCCCUAGACUUCACCACACGGACUCAAGUGACAAGGGAAGCCAUCAACAGGCUGUGUGAAGCUGUGCCAGGUGGAAAGGGGGCUUGGAGGAAGAAGGCUCCAAACAAAGCUCUACAGUCAGUCAUGGGGAAGAGUAAUCUACGAUUUGCAGGCAUGAGCAUCGCAGUCAAUAUUUCUAUUGAUGGUCUUAAUCUGCUCAUUCCUACCACACGCCAGGUGAUAGCUCACCAUCCCUUGCAGUCCAUCUCAUUUGCCUCUGGGGGAGACACGGACACACCUGAUUAUGUUGCAUAUGUGUCCAAAGACCCGGUGAAUCAGAGAGCAUGUCAUAUCCUGGAGUGCUCAGAUGGUUUAGCCCAAAGUGUCAUCAGUACCCUCGGCCAAGCCUUCGAGCUGCAGUUCAGACAGUAUCUGCACAGUCCACCAAAAACCAUGGCAUCUGUGGAGAGAUCUGCCAGAACAGAAGAACCAAUUUGGGUGGAGGAUGAGGACUUCUCUGAGCCGGAUUACUAUAACCGUAUUCCAGGGAAGGAGCCUCCUGUCGGGGGAGUAGUGGACUCCAGACUCAGGCCCAGUGGAGCCCUCCUUGGUCACAUGCACACUCAACCACAGAGUAAGACAGCAGCUCAGCAGGUGGGCUCAGCAGCCAGGAGGGAGCAAGUGUCCUACCAGCCUGGUCAGCUGUGUUAUGAGCUUCACUGGGACACUGAGGCAACCUGCAGCUCAGGUCUUACAUCGGAUGGUUAUUUGUGUGCUGAUGGUCAGCCUCCAGGCAGCAGAGACUAUGAGGAGCAUCAGUAUGUUAACACACAGAGUCUGGAAAAUCUGGAUUCACUCACACAGGGUCCUGAUGGGCACAGAGUCACGAGGGCACCAGACAGUCCCAAAAAGGAUCUGUUUGACAUGAGGCCCUUUGAGGAUGCCCUGAAGCUCCAUGAAGCCUGUGGUGGAGGUGUUGGGUCCAUGACAUCUGGAGGCUACAGUGCUGAGGGUGGAGGGGGAGGUGUUCGAGUCUUGGAGGACCAGUGGCCCAGCCCUCCACGACGCAGGGCCCCUGUUGCUCCAAAUGAAGAGCAGCUCCGCCGGGAGCCCUGGUACCACAGCCGAAUGAGCCGACGAGACGCAGAAAAACUCUUGAGCCGGGAUGGAGAUUUUCUCGUCAGGGAGAGCACUACCAAUCCCGGGCAGUAUGUGCUAAGUGGCCUGCACCGUGGCCUGCCUAAACACCUACUACUAGUGGACCCUGAAGGAGUGGUCCGGACCAAAGACAUGUUGUUUGAGAGUAUAACCCACCUCGUCGCAUUUCACCUGAAGAAUGAGCUGCCUAUUGUAGCAGCAGAAAGUGAGCUUCAUCUCAAACGGGGUGUCAGGAGGAAGCAGUGAGUCACCUGGACCUAUAUGGGAUGAGCUACAUUCCUAUGUGCCCAUGCAAAUCACAUAAAAGCUGAAUCUGGGACUCAUUUUCUGGGAUUAUUUUUCAGUGGCAAAAAGGACAUUAGCAAGACUUUCUUUCUGUGGACAAUUCUGCUAAGGAGUGUACAGUAUCUGAUAUAUCCCUGUACUUCUUCUGCUUGUUGACUACCAGGAUAAACCAAAUAUCCCUCAUCUGUCAUAAACUCCUCAGCACGCAGCUAUUAAGCUAACAAACCAACCAGGAGCCACAGUUUGUCUUGUGCCAGAGCUGGAUAAUCACCAACCAAGUUCAAAAAUUAAACCGACAACUGUUUGGAAAGGACCCUAACCUCAGGAAAUCACGAAAGGAUUUAAUGCACAGUGAAGAAAAGCCUGUAAUUGUGAAGUGUGUUUGAAGUGCUUCCUUUAAUUCAUAACUUGCACAACCAGUGAGUCACAGGUCAAUCAACCAAUUAUGGGAAUCACCAGAACAAAAAUGUCAUUGAUUUUUCUGUGCAAAAAAUGUAAAAAAAACAUGUCAGGCUCCAUAUUCAGUAGUUCAUCUCAAUAUAAAUGCAAGAUACAGCUACAAAGCCUUCAUUGUUUCUCUGGUAUUUUAAGCAUCAAAUUCCAUUAAAAAAAAAAAAAAAAAAAAAAGCAUGGUCAUGCUACAGUGAUUAGCCCCAACAUUAAAAGCACUGACAAUGAAGCGCAUACCACAGACUUAGCUGGGAUACUUGGACCCUGGCAUUCAACUGGAAGUUAUUGAGACGUACUGCCCACCUAAACUUUACUGAAGAGCAAUCCCAAGUGACUGCGACCUCAAGCGUGCUCCAUAAAAACUGCUCAGGAAUGGUUGUAGAACAUGACAAACAGCCCACCACUCUGCAGAUCCCAAUCCGUUUGGGCUCUCACAGGAUGUGCCAGAACAAGCCCAGUUCAUGGAGUUUUAAUGUGGCUGAUCAGUGCAUACAUCAGUGCAGUGGACAUUGUCUUAACUGAGAGGUUUCAUCACAUUUGCCAUUAAAUCUGUUGUUUGUAAGGGCUGUUCAUUCUUUUGGGAAAGUCGUGUGUUGUAAAAGCCUGAGUUAAAAACUCCUCUGCAUUCGAGCUCAGUAUAGUCAUGCCUGUUUUCCCCAGCCUCUCCCACUUAAGUGCCUUAAUAACUACACUGACAGGCAUUUGUGUCAGCGUGUAUAUAAUGUGCAUUUAUGCUCUUGUUGCAAAAGAAUAGUUUUCUUGCCACGCCAAUGAGUAAAUGAACAAACUUCAGGAUGAUUAAACUUGUGUACUUGUAAACAAUAAUGAAAGCUGCUCUUGUUUUGGGGUGAAUGAGUAAAUACUGUCUGUGGUGGUCUCAAACGUCAUUGUCUUAUGUGUCCCCCUCAUUUUUUUCCAUUAGAAAAGUUAUGUCAGCCAUACAUGCCUUAAAGAAGGCUCUUAAUUUGUCCCGGUUCAGGGAAGUGCAUCACUUUAUGGCUUGUCCUUAUCCCAUGUCUAUCUCUAUACAUUUCAGUGACUUGCUUGUGUGUUUAUGCUCCAGUAAGUUUUAUUCCCAAUUGUGACAGUGUAAUACAUUGUUUUUUCCCUGUUCUUAGCUAAAGUACUUCUGUUUAAUCAGGCCCUCCUUUGGUCUUAGCCUCAGCCUCAUAAAUGCACAGAGAGAUGAGGUAAGCUGCAAUGGAUUUUAGUGAGAUUCCGAUCAUUGUCUUUUUUUGUGUAUCUCCCCUCAGGAAUUUCCUGGACCUUUUUCUUCUAUGAUUAUCUGUACUGAAUUUUUGUUAAUAAAAAUGUAUCAAAGAAAGGGGGAUUGCAAUUUGU